CAUCUGUAGAGAUGAGUAAUUACACAGAAAUACAAUAUAAACAACAGCAGCCAUGUUGUGAUUUCAAAAUAGAAAAUACACAAAACUGAGUAAAGAUCUGAUAAUGACGACACAAUACAUAACCACCACUCAGCCAGUGGUUGCACAGCCCAAUGUUGUGGUGUACAACCAGAGUCAAGUUCCAGGGAGAAGUGUUAGUGAUCGCUACAACAAAAAAGCCUCUAAUGUCGUAGGAAUCCUCAUCCUGAUGGGGGGUGUAUUGAGUUUUAUAUUGGGCUGUGUGGCAAUAGGAAUCAAGGCCAGCCUAUACCAGAGUGGUGUUGGCCUUUGGUGUGGAGUACUGUUCUAUGGUAUUACUGGUGUUCUUGGUAUACUGGCCUCUAAACCAACCAGAAAUGGGCAGAAUGGUUACAUUACUGGCUUUAUGGUGAUGUGCAUAAUAACUGUUUCAUUCGCCUGCCUUGUCAUGCUUGGAAUAACAGCAGCAGGAGUUGGCAUGGAUGACAACUAUUAUGGCAGAAGCUACAGAUUGAAUCCUGAGAUAUGGGAAAGGAAUUCCAUUUUUACGAGGAUAUCAAGGGAUCCUCAGCUGGCAGUGAAUGCCUUGUUACUUGCUAUCACAUUAGCCGAGGGGAUUCUCUGCAUCAUUGGAUCAUCAUUUGGAUGUGCUGCCGUGUGCUGUUAUACAUCAUCCCCGGGAUAUGUUGUUCAAGGUAGGCAGACCACAGUUAUAACCCAAGGCCAGCCUGCCACGCAGGCCGCAUACUACCCACAGGGUCAAACGACUACAGUUAUCCCACCACCAGGACAACAGGCACAACCCCAACAAUAUGGACAGCCACAAUAUGGCCAGCCUCAGCCACAAUACGGCCAACCUCAGCCACAAUAUGGCCAGCCUCAGCCACAAUAUGGUCAACAGCAACAAUAUGGUCAACAGCCACAAUAUGGUCAGCCUCAAGCAACAGGUGGACCCCAACCCCCGCCAUACAACCCAGAUGUGAAACCUGAUGAGAAAAACCCGAAUGGGCCUCCACCUUCUUACAACUACUAGGGCUCUUUGCUUGUUUUCUUGUAAUAAGGCAACUUUGUAAGAUACUUGUGUCUGGCAAAUUUAUUGAAUUUCGAAAUGAUGCCUACUGACUUUAUUCUAAGAAAUAUUAUAAAUUUUCCAGUAAACAAGUGUGUUGUUUACAGUUCAAAAAGAAUUCUGGCCCUAUUCUUCUAUGAUGGCUAGCUAUAUAUGAUCGCUAGCUAUAUAAAGUGCUAUUUAGAAAAAAUAUUCAAGGAGAUAUACAAAAUAAAUUCUCAAACACCCAGUAAGCCUUUUAUAGGAAGCACUUUGAGUUGAGCUUCAGGCCCAUAGUUCUUCUAAAGGAAAACAACACGAAGUGUAUCCCCACUUUUACAAGAAAAAAGUGUAUCCCCACUUUUACAAGAAAAUAAGGUAUGUGACUUGAUCGAGAAAAUGCUUGAUAAAAAUAUUUAGCUUGAUAUUUGUUAUUAUAAGAGCUUUUAAUGUGUACUGUACGCCCGGUAUUAUUCGC